AAGACUGGGACAGGGAGAAAUUACUUGAAGCUUGGAUGUCCAACCCGGAGAACUGCUGCCAACGAUCAGGUGUUCAAAUGCCAACUCCACCACCAAGUGGGUAUAAUGCCUGGGACACGCUCCCAUCUCCAAGAACUCCAAGGACUACACGCUCUUCUGUCACCUCCCCAGAUGAAAUCAGCUUAUCUCCUGGGGACUUAGACACUAGUUUGUGUGACAUUUGUAUGUGCAGUAUCUCUGUAUUUGAAGACCCCGUGGAUAUGCCCUGUGGACAUGACUUUUGUAGAGGAUGUUGGGAGUCCAUUGUAAUAAGCAGAGAGAACCUACCUAUGAUAUCAUCUGUGUAUCUUACCUGCAAGAUAAAAAUAUAGGUUUUUGAAUCUGAAAAUUCAAGAAGGUGAAGCUCACAACAUUUUUUGCCCUGCAUAUGAUUGCUUCCAACUUGUGCCUGUGGAUAUCAUAGAAAGUGUAGUUUCAAAGGAGAUGGACAAACGAUACCUACAGUUUGAUAUUAAGGCCUUUGUUGAAAAUAAUCCUGCCAUUAAAUGGUGUCCUACUCCAGGCUGUGACAGAGCAGUAAGACUAACAAAACAAGGGUCAAAUACAUCUGGAUCUGAUACACUCAGCUUUCCAUUGCUGAGAGCGCCUGCUGUUGAUUGUGGAAAAGGACACCUCUUCUGCUGGGAGUGCCUUGGUGAAGCACAUGAGCCUUGUGACUGCCAAACAUGGAAGAAUUGGCUGCAAAAAAUAACCGAAAUGAAACCAGAAGAACUUGUGGGAGUUAGUGAAGCCUACGAGGAUGCGGCCAAUUGUCUCUGGUUAUUAACUAACUCCAAGCCUUGUGCCAACUGUAAGUCUCCAAUACAGAAGAAUGAAGGCUGCAAUCACAUGCAGUGUGCUAAGUGCAAGUAUGACUUUUGCUGGAUAUGCCUUGAAGAGUGGAAAAAACAUAGUUCUUCCACUGGAGGUUAUUACAGAUGUACUCGCUAUGAAGUCAUUCAGCAUGUGGAGGAGCAAUCCAAGGAAAUGACUGUGGAGGCUGAGAAAAAACACAAACGAUUUCAGGAACUUGACAGAUUUAUGCACUAUUAUACAAGAUUUAAAAACCACGAGCAUAGUUAUCAGCUAGAACAACGCCUUCUUAAAACAGCCAAAGAAAAGAUGGAACAAUUGAGCAGAGCUCUCAAAGAAACUGAAGGAGGCUGUCCAGAUACCACUUUCAUUGAAGAUGCAGUUCAUGUGCUCUUAAAAACUCGGCGCAUUCUCAAGUGUUCUUAUCCAUAUGGAUUUUUCUUGGAACCUAAAAGCACAAAGAAAGAAAUUUUCGAACUAAUGCAAACAGACCUAGAAAUGGUCACUGAAGACCUUGCCCAGAAAGUCAAUAGGCCUUACCUUCGCACACCCCGCCACAAGAUCAUCAAAGCAGCAUGCCUUGUACAGCAGAAGAGGCAAGAAUUCCUGGCAUCUGUGGCUCGGGGAGUAGCUCCUGCAGACUCACCAGAAGCUCCAAGGCGCAGCUUUGCUGGUGGAACAUGGGAUUGGGAAUAUUUAGGAUUUGCAUCACCAGAGGAAUAUGCUGAAUUUCAGUAUCGGAGGAGGCACAGACAGCGUCGUCGAGGAGACGUUCACAGUCUACUCAGUAAUCCUCCAGACGCUGAUGAGCCAAGUGAAAGCACUUUAGAUAUUCCAGAAGGCGGCAGCAGCAGCCGCAGGCCUGGCACAUCCGUGGUAAGUUCUGCAUCUAUGAGUGUGCUGCACAGCUCUUCCCUGCGUGACUACACCCCUGCCAGUCGCUCUGAAAACCAGGACUCUCUUCAGGCUCUGAGUUCCUUGGAUGAAGAUGAUCCCAAUAUACUUCUUGCAAUACAGUUAUCACUGCAAGAGUCUGGGCUGACCCUCGAUGAAGAAACUAGAGACUUCCUCAGUAAUGAAGCAUCCUUAGGUGCAAUAGGCACUUCUUUACCUUCCAGGCUGGACUCUGUCCCCAGAAAUACAGAUAGCCCUCGGGCUGCAUUGAGCAGCUCUGAGCUUUUGGAACUUGGUGACAGCCUCAUGAGACUAGGAGCAGAGAGUGACCCAUUUUCAACUGACACCCUGAGUUCACACCCUCUCAGUGAGGCAAGAAGUGAUUUCUGUCCCUCAGCUAGUGACCCUGACUCAGCUGGCCAGGACCCCAACAUCAAUGACAAUCUUCUUGGCAACAUCAUGGCUUGGUUUCAUGACAUGAACCCUCAGAGUAUUGCCCUGAUUCCUCCAGCAACUACAGAAAUCAGUGCAGAUUCGCAGCUCCCCUGUAUCAAAGAUGGGUCAGAAGGUGUGAAGGAUGUGGAACUGGUGCUGCCAGAAGAUUCAGUGUUUGAAGAUGCCAGUGUCAGUGAAGAUAGAGGAACCCAGAUAGAAGAAAAUCCUUUGGAAGAAAAUAUUCUGGCUGAGGAAGCAGUGUCUCAAGCUGGUGACAGUGGUAAUGAGGCGGCCAACAGAGGAGAUGGUUCAGAUGUUUCAAGUCAAACACCUCAAACCUCAAGUGACUGGCUUGAACAAGUACAUUUAGUGUGAACUGCACACAUCUGGGCUCUAAGUGAAUUACAGUUACAGAUGGUAUGCUAGGUGGAGUAUGCUUGAUAGAGACUUUGAUUCACUUAAUUCCAACUCAGUGAUAAACCACUGACAUUAGGGUUGAAUCCAAAGGAGUUCCCUUGAAUGGUAGCUUCAUUUUUUAUUUUAACCUUACAGGGAAUUUCCUUUGUAUUUAAUUGAAUAGCUUUUCCCCUUUUUGCUGACAAAAAGAAGAGCAAGAGAAAGAGAAACAAAAAUGAAAUAAGUUGUAUUCCACACUCUUCAAGAAAAUGCAGUCCUCUAUUUAGCCUAGACUUGACAAUACUUUAUUGAACAUUUAAACUAAAGGCUUACUGCCUAAUCUUUGGGUGGCUUUCCUUUAAAAAAAAAAAAAAAAGUUUUCUUCAUUCUAGAAAUUUAUUUUGGAUAGAUCCGAUAACAUAUAUGUCUUCAAUCUCUUUGUGCUCUUCCGUAACUUACUUCCUUUUUGUCUGAGCAAUGUGAAUUGAAGUCUCUUUAGUACCACAUCUACCACAAGUGUGAUUAGUUUUAAUUUCACAUGAAUCAAAGAUUUCCUUUCAUGUCUAUUUACAGUCCAACUGUGCCAAACUCUGACUUGUGCGCUGACUAACAAGGCAUUUAGGUGUGCAGCAUCCUAGAGUGCUCCAGGGCAGAGUCAGCGUUCUCGGGAGUAAAAGGUGCCACUUGGUAGCAAUGAUAUUCCAGAAUUAAAUGGGUUUUUGUUGCCAUGGAGACUGCAUUUAUAUAAAUGUAGCCUGUAGCUUAAGUUAACUAAACCUAAUGCUGCUGUUAAAAACAGUUUAUUUUAAUAUUAAAAUACAGUUGAUUAGCAACAGCGGUGCUGUAUUUUAAGAGACACUUUAUUGGAAGUGCAAUCAUAGUUAUUUGUUUUCACAAUUUUACAGUGCAUUCUAAUUACUGAUGGGUGCAAUUACUUUUAAUGGUGUUUUAUAAAAUAGAAAAAAAAGUGGAGUUUUCAUGAGUUAUAGUAAAUCCCACGAUUAUUAAGAAAUUCAAUAAAACAUCCUGCGCAACAUGUUACCGUGCCUUUGCCUAACCUAAAUGGAUAGUUGCCAGUUAAAUAAGUGAGUAAUUCAAAUUUCAAUGUCUCUUCUGAAGUAACUAUGCUAUGAAUUGCAAAGACCUCCAUAAAACCACCCAUGGCCUUGCUUUUACACUAAAUAUAACAACUAAAUGUUCCAUCAGUUUGUUUGCCUAAUUAGCAAAUGCUGACAUGUGUUUGUUCUAUUGCGCAAUACUCAUUUGCUGUGUGAUUACUGUUUAGUGUUGAAAAAAAUCAACUUCCUAGUUAUCGGUGUCUUACUGUGAAGAAAAUACUGGUCUUAGUUGUAAUUAAGAUACAAUGGUACAGUGUGUAAUUAAAACUAGAGUAAACUGUUGGAAUGGCUGUUUUACUUAAAUAUUAUCAAAACUAGCAUAACAUAAGCAAAAUAGAUAAGUACAACCCUCCAAUUUAGUGUUUUGCCAGAUUGUUACCAGAAAUCUACAGAUACCAAACUUUCAGUUCUGAGUUUGUACAGGCAAAUCCUGGGCUGGGUAAAAAGUUAUAUUAGUAUUGUUAUCCACAAGAGAUGUGAUUAUGGUUUUUGAUUACUUUUUUUUCUAAACCCUGAUUUUGAAAUAUCCUUGUACUUAAAAUUCAUAUUGCUAGGACACUAUAUUAGAAUAUUUAAUAUUCCCCAGAUCCUCUUAGGAUAAACUAGUGGAAAUCCUCUUAUGCCAUGGAUAUCAAAGGUCCACAUUAGUUUUUAUUUCUCCAGUGAUCAGAAACAUUGAUAUCAAUCCCUCUUAAAGUUAGUGGGGGGAAAUAUUAACUUUAUCUACAGUGUAUUACUGUAUAUUAAACUGAAAUAGUCCAUUAAAGGAUUUUUUUACAAAUUUAUUUUGGAUUAAAAAUAUCAACACCAAUAAGUUUUUAGACCAAGUUGUAAUUUUUCCAAUAUAGAGUCUUUGCAUCACAUUGAGGCAUCUUGCACAACUGCAGUUAGGGUGAGAAAGAAUGCUCUGUGUGAAGAUAGUGUACACAAUGGGUUCUGGUUUCCUUGCUCCUUGUGCAGUAUCCUUUAUUUCUGUGCUGUUCUCUCCUGAGCAUGAAAAAUGAUCAUUAUCCAAUUUGUAUUUCCUUGGUACAUAUUUUAAAAACAACACAGUCAUUGACUUUACAAUUCAGUAAUGAAGUUUGGCAAAGCCUAUUUUGUAAACAAGUUAAUUUUAUAAUGUAAAAAAAAAAAAGUUAAUCUAACCUUGACUUGUUAUUUGCACUUUCAUAGUCUAUACUUGAUACAUUCCCACUUUAUAUACAGUAGGAUUCUACAAACGUGUAGAUGUUUGGCCAAAUGAAUGCUGUUAAUAAUAUGUAAAAUUCUUUGAUUAAACAUUUAUUACUUAAACUA